AUGAUUCCCUCGAGAAAUGGAGUUUUAAAAAUAUUCUCUAGAUAUUUUACUGUUGAAAGUUCUCUACAGCCUAAAGUGUCACGUAUUCAACAAUUUAGAGAACGGUUGGACCAAGAUAAGAAACAUGAAGUUCUGACAGAUACAUUUGGACGUCAUCAUACUUAUCUAAGAAUUUCAUUGACUGAAAAAUGCAAUUUACGAUGUUUGUACUGCAUGCCAGCAGAAGGUGUAAAGCUCACAAAAAAUGAUAAAAUUUUAACAACUGAUGAAAUAAUGAGAUUAGCAAGGCUAUUUGUAAAAAAUGGAGUAAAAAAAAUUAGACUAACUGGUGGAGAGCCGACUGUUCGUAAAGAUAUCGUUGAUAUUGUUGCUCAAUUAAAAAGUAUCAAAGACUUGGAAAGUGUAGGAAUGACAACAAAUGGAUUAACAUUAACGCGUCAAUUACCAGCGUUGCAAAGAGCUGGUCUGGAUGCUUUAAAUAUUUCUCUAGAUAGUCUUAGGAAAGAUAGGUUUGAAAAAUUCACCCGCAGACAAGGGUUCAAUCGUGUUCUAGCUUCUAUUGAUCUAGCGGUCCAAUUGGAAUAUAACCCGGUCAAGGCUUACUGUGUACCUGGAUUUGUUGGACAAGUUGGUUUUAUAACUUCAAUGAGUCAGCAUUUCUGUUAUUCAUGCAAUAGAUUACGAAUUACCGCUGAUGGUAAUAUUAAAGUCUGUCUAUUUGAAGGAAGAAGUGAAAUAUCGCUUCGCGAUGCAAUGAGAAACGGAGCUUCUGACGAUGAUUUAGAAAGUAUAAUUGGAGGUGCUGUUUGGAAGAAGAAAAAACAGCAUGCUGGUCCGUCGCAGCUACGAGAAAUAUUAAAAGAUUACAUCUUCGGAACUAGCCACCUUUUUUUUCAAGAAAGAAAAUUCAAUAUAAGACAAUAUUCUUCAAUGACGCACGUAGAUAGCUCGGGCAAGGCAGCGAUGGUCGAUGUUUCCAGCAAAGAAUCAAGCAACCGUUUUGCGCAAGCAAGAGCACUCGUACGAGUCGGUCCAGUUGUCUCCAGACUCAUUGCUGAUAAUAAUAUCAAAAAGGGAGACGUUCUACUUGUUGCUCAGCUUGCGGGAAUAAUUGGAGCGAAAAAAACUUAUGAGCUGAUACCACUGUGCCAUCCUUUGACACUCAAUAAUGUUAAAGUUAGUCUGAAGCUCAACGAAGUGGAGCAUGAGGUUGAAAUCACUACAGAAGUCAGGUGUACUGGAAAAACGGGGGUGGAAAUGGAAGCUCUGACUGCUGCUAGUGUCGCUGCUUUGACUAUUUAUGACAUGUGUAAAUCAGCUGCUACGCCUGAAGAGCUAGAAAUUUGUAAAAUAGAAUUGCUCGCUAAAACUGGCGGUAAAAGUAAUUAUUUUAGGGAUAAUUAG